AUGAAAAGAAAUGAGAAAAGAAAGACAAACCUUGAAUUACGACAAGGAAGGAGAACUCUGGACGAGAAUAGUGGCGACUGUUCUUUUCCAUCUCCUUCGUCCUCCAUUUUCAGUCAUGUUGCGCGUUUGAGUUCCACGUUAGAGUUUCAACGGCGGUUAGUAAUACACCCUUUCUCUCCAACUUUAACCAAGUCAAUUAUUCUCAGAUCUUCGAACCGGCUGUCUGACAUGGACGAGUUGGACCUUCCAAGUAGAUUGUUCCCGACAGGGAGUGAACCCACUGGAAAGAAAAGGGUUAACAGACAAUCCAACCUCCGCUAA